AAAGAGACAUCACAAACACGGAACCUUCAGAACCUACAGAAUUAACCUCUGUGCCUGAUGAAAACACGACUGAUAUGGAAGAGAUUGAAAGACAGUACCCCGCGAUCACGAGCUCGAACAUGAGGCGGGCGUACAAGAACGAGUUCGCGGAGCUGUACACGGAGUACCGCGGGCUGUACGCGCGCGUGGCGCAGGUGGCGGCGCUCUUCACGCGCCUCGAGACCGAGCUCAACCGCGCGCAGCCGCUCUCGCCGCACCACCAG